CCCCGCCCCCCCCCUAAUUCCCUCUGUCCAUCUCACAUCGCCCAGCCCUGUGUCUCCCCCUGCCCUUCCUUUCCUUCCUCCCUCAUGCCAAUCUCUCCCCUCCUCCUCCUCCUCCUCCUCUUCUCUUCUCUCUCUCUUCUCCUGGUCGAUGCCGCCCGCACCGCCGAUGGAUCCGAGGAGUGGGGUUACGUCCAAGUCCGACCGAGAGCGCACAUGUUCUGGUGGCUUUACCGGAGCCCGCAACGAGUCGACAACGGUUCCGCUCCGUGGCCGACCGUGCUGUGGUUGCAGGGAGGACCUGGCGGCUCGGGCGUCGGGAUCGGUAACUUCCAGGAGAUUGGGCCCGUGGAUGCCAAUCUACAGCCUCGGAGUACGACAUGGCUGCAGAAGGCCGACCUUCUCUUUGUGGACAAUCCAGUGGGCACGGGAUACAGUUUUGUGGAGGACGAGAGCCUCUUCGUGAAGAGUGAUUGGGAGGCAGCCGCGGAUCUGACCACCCUUCUGAAGAAUCUCUACCAUGAGCAGGCGUCGUCAUGGCAGAACAGCCCACUGUUCAUCGUGGCAGAGUCUUACGGAGGAAAGUUCGCCGUGACCGCAGGCUUGUCGAUCGCCCAAGCCAUCAGGGCUGAAGAAUUGAAGCUCAACCUCGGAGGUGUUGCAUUGGGAGAUAGCUGGAUCUCACCUGAAGAUUUCGUGCUGUCGUGGGCGCCUCUGCUUCUCGAUCUUUCAAGAAUUGACAUCAUAGAUGCAGAGAAAUCAAGCAUCAUGGCCGAGAAGAUCAGAGAAGAGAUAAAGAAGGAGCAGUACGGUGAUGCCACGAACUCAUGGGGCGAGCUGGAGGAGUUCAUUGUCACAAGCAGUAACGAUGUCGAUUUCUACAACUUCUUGUUGGAUUCUGGGAGCGAUCCAGUUUCACUGACAGCAGCAGCUGAAGCAUCGCGGAAGCUAUCAUUGAAGAUGUACCCGACCUACCUGAGCUCAAAGGCUUCCACCUCUCCUGACAUUUCAGGUCUCAUGAAUGGUUUGAUCAAGGAAAAGCUGAAGAUCAUUCCAAAGAAUGUUAGUUUGCUGAACAGCUGGGGAGGGCAAUCUGGCCUCGUCUUUGAUUCACUCUCGAAUGAUUUCAUGAAGCCAAGAAUCAAUGAGGUUGAUGAGCUCCUUUCCCUGGGAAUCAAUGUCACCAUCUAUAAUGGACAGGUUGAUCUGAUUUGUGCAACCAAGGGCACUGAAGCAUGGGUUCAGAAGCUCAAAUGGGAUGGGCUGAAGAACUUUAACAGCAUGGAUAGAAAGCCUAUAUACUGCAGCAGCGAGGAAGUGGGAGUCACCAAAGGCUUCCUUAAAUCUUAUCAGAACUUGCACUUCUACUGGAUCCUCGGAGCAGGGCAUUUUGUGCCGGUGGACCAGCCUUGUGUUUCACUGAAGAUGAUUGCCGACAUCACCCGGUCUCCUCCUGCUGGUCCUUCCUAGAAACGGGAACAGCUUUCCCCGACUUGCCGAUGGACACACAAUAACAGUAUUUAUGGCUUGGAGAAAGUUCUUUCCAUCUGCGUCUUACUGGGUGUUUUUGGAUGAGAGAAGGUGAGACGAGGGCAGCUCGAAUGACAUCAUUCAUGUUGUGGUGGUGGGUUUCAGGCUGUACAUUUAGGACACAGGUCAAAGGGAAACGGUGGUGGUAGGUCCCAUCCAUCACUGGUCCCGGAGUGAUAGAUAGUAUUAAAGGGACUGCACUGUGACACCACAAUUGUCAUGAACAUUUCUUUCUUCGAGAGUGCCUUAUGAUUCCUCCUAUCCAUUGCAAGAAAAAUCUGAAAUGUUUUUAGUGUCAAUAUUACUUACCAGGGGUUGGUUGGGUAUAUGGUUUUUAACCGGUGGUCCUAAAUUGCAUCACCAGAUGAUUCAUAGUAGAUACAGUCUCUCUUGUUUA